AUGUCGGCCCAGGAGUAUUAUCAGCAAGGCCCGCCACACGGACACGGCCACGCCCAGCCGGGCCAAGCUUACCCACAAUAUCCCCAACCUUCUUAUGGCCCGCCUCCGCCGAACCAGCCCCAGGGCUACUAUCCGCCCCAGGCCCCAAUGCAGUACCAGCAGCAGCCUCCCCGGCAGAGCAAGAGCGGCGGCGACGGUUGCCUCAAGGGCUGUCUAGCCGCGCUGUGCUGUUGCUUCGUAUGUGAGGAAGGCUGCGAAUGCUGCGCCGACUGUUGCGAAUGCUGCAUGGACCUCUAA